AUGGGGGCCAAGCAGACCAAAGGCCAGGAGCCCGGAGGAGCCAGCCCUCAGCACAGCUGGAAGAGGACGCCCACCAAGGAGCGGGGAGACAUCUUGGCGUCCCUCAUGCUUAAGUCAGGGGACCGGCUGAGCCGUGGAGGGACGCCGCCGCCGCCUUACCAGCGGCGCAUCGGCAUGAUCCAGGAGAUGAUGCUGAUGGCCAAGCAGGGCAAACAGGACGAGGCCACAGAGAUGCUGAAGACACUCCGACAGGACCUGGGCAUGGAGUCAACGUCCCUGGAUGACGUGUUGUACCGCUACGCCAGCUUCAGGAACCUGGUUGACCCCAUCACACAUGACCUAAUUAUCAGCCUGGCUCGAUACGUCCACUGCCCGAAGACGGAGGGCGACUCUCUCGGGGCGAUGGAGAAGGUUUGUCGUCAGCUGACCUAUCACCUCAGCCCCCACUCCCGGUGGAGGAGACAGGGCCUGCUGAAGAGGAAGCCCCAGGCCUGCCUGAAGGCGGUGCUGUCGGCCCCUCCAUCGAGCGGGGCGUUGGACCUGUCCGGUAUCCCUCUGGCGGCUCGGGACAUGGAGCGCCUGUGCGCACACCUGCAGCGCCACGCGUCCAUGGUGAUGAGCUUGGAACUGGGCUUCACCGAGCUGACGGACGAGGCGUUCCUCCUGCUCCUGCCCACGCUGGCCGCCCUGCCGCACCUGGAGACGCUGGCGCUGAACGGAAACAGGCUGACCAGAGCUGUCCUGAAGGAGCUGACUGAUGCUCUGAAGGAUCCCGGCAGUUUCCCCAGCGUGACGUGGAUUGACCUGGGCAACAACGUGGACAUCUUCUCCCUGCCGCAGCCCUUCCUGGUCAGCCUGAGGAAGCGCUGCCCCAAGCAGGGCAACCUGCCCACCAUCCUGGAGUUCGGAGAGAGUCAGGCCAGCGACCCCCCGGAGAGGCUGAGGGGGCUCGGGGAAGAGGAGGAGGAGACGGACGACACGAACCGGACUGAGAGCAUGGACGAGCUCCGGUCCGAGGUGGAGGAGGAGCUGGACGGGGAGAUGGAGAUAGAGGAGAUGAUGGAGGAGCUGCUGGACUUCGACAGGGAGGUGCAGGGAAAGGAGGACGAGGAGGAGAGCAUGUGGACGGUGGAGGAGCAGAGGAAAGUGGGGAGGGGACGGGGGAGGAGAGAGGGGGAGAAGGAGGCGAAGAGGAGAGAGCAGCUUCCGGGGGGGAGGAAGGCAGUGAUGGCGGAGGAUGACGACGACACGCAGAGCCACUCCUCCCGCCUGUCCUACUCCAGCCAGUCGCAGCACUCCUCCGGAGCCGUCGAGCCAAUGAGAGUGGAGGAGGAUGAGCUGACCGACCAAUCGGACCACUUGACCUGAUUGCCGCUCCCUGCUCCACUCUGCUUCUGUUUCCCCUCCUGUAUCGAGUCUUGUGUGGAAGGACGCGGGAGAAGACUCCUGCGGAGGCGAACUGAGCGCGCUCAAAGUCAAACAGGCUGCAGUGACGGAGGGAUGUAAUCCAUAUGAACACGCCACUCGAUGCUCCCUCCGCUGAUCUGAUUUGUGACCAGCCGCGUUCAGACACUGGCAGAGCUGAGACCAGGUGACUCCUGGUGACUGUAACAUGAGAAGACAAUCCCCAACAGGACGUCUGUUUUAUCCCAACUGUCUGUUGUUUCAAGUACGAAUAGACUGAGGACGCUAACAUGUAGAAUAGACUGAUUAAUUAUAUCACAUGAAGCUUUUAUGUACAGAAUGUUAAUCUUUAUUCAGGUCCUUCCUCCUGGUAACCCCGGUAAUACCCACAUGUGCCUG